AUGGGUGAUGAAACACCCGGCCACCAGCGGCCACGCACUCGGGUCGCCCUCCGCGGCUGCGGCUCCUGCCCGCCCCCACCCAGUCCGCCCAGACCCGGGGCGCACCGCCAUGGAGGGUCCCCGGCCCGAACCCCUCCCCGGCGUCGCAGCUGCCCAGGCCGAUCCUCCCUGGCAAACUUCCUCGCGGUCCUGCCGCCCCGAUCCCCGAGUCACCUUCCCUAUCACUCCAUCCCGCCUCUCCGCCUGCACUCCCCGGGGCAGGUCAGCGCAGCAGAGCGGCGCCGCACGCAGGGAGCGGAGACGGCGGCCCUGGUCCUCGUCGCCAUGGCGGUAGCUAUUGAGCCAAGGUCAAAAGGUCCUCUUCUUUCUGUUGGGUUGAAGCAACAGACCCUCCUUAGAGAGAUGUGGAUAAGGAAUAGCCUAAUUCAGGGGAAACAGCCCGUGGCCUCCUUUGUCAAUAACCUGGGGGCCGCCGAGCGGGAGGUGGCGGCGGAGCUGACUGCUUCGGGGCGCUCGCGGGCCUACGAGCCGUGCGUCGUGGUGUCCGACGACGAGAAGCACACCUUCAAGUACGUGGUACUCAGCGACCGGACCAUCUACCUGACCGAGAACCCGCCCAAGUCCAUCCGUCGUGUGGUGGCGCUGCGGGACGUCGUGGCCAUUGACCUGAUUGAUGACUACCCAGAAUUUUUGAGUUCACCAGAUAGAGAAAUCAACCAACACAUUCGUAUCAUCUAUUCUUCAACUGUUUUGAAAAAAGAGUGUGAAAAGCCAAAAGGUGUCAGGAAAUUUCUACUUCCAUUUCACCAUGACAAUGCCAACAACAAAAAAGUCAAAGAAAGGAAUAAAGGCCUUGUCUUUUGGAGGGGAAAAUAACAUGGAAAUCUAAAUGAAUCCUUCCUCAGAUACUACCAGGAGAGCAGCACGUUGGCCAAGGAUUCAACCCUCCGCACCCCUUCAGAUCUCAAGAAGCCGUCCCUACAGAGCCCAAAUGCCUUUCGACCCUUACCUACCCCCCUCAGGAGGAGCCGGCAGGCCACACCAGCCAUUGGCAAAGCUGUCAGCAAGCCAUCCAGCACAAGACACACCAAAGAACCCCCAGGACUUCCAGACCACAAAGAUUCUCUAAAUGAGAUCCCUUUGGACUGCAAUGGGAAUGGAAAUGCCUUUUCCUUAAGAAAUUCCCUCAUACCUUCCCCUUUACAGAGCAACUCCCACCUAGAGAAAAAGGAGUCGGAACUUCAUUUGUAUGUUAUUUCUACAACCUCAUCCAUAUUUCUGCACUUAAAAAGUUCGUGGAACAAUUAUAUUAUAAAAGCUACUCUUUUACAAGAUCCCCUGUAUGCUAGUGUACUCAGUACUGCUACUGGAAGUCAAAAGCCAUAUAGAUCUGAGGAGAAAAUUAAGCACUUCAGUCAACUUAAAUCUGAACUUUUUCUUAAAGACAAUACUUUGAGAAAGACACUUUAUUUAAUUACGGAACUUAAAGUAGCAGCCCAGAAAAACUUCAUUCUGAAAAGGCUUUUCUGGAAGACCAGUGACCUUUUCUAUUUCCUAGUGAACAAACUUCAUGAGUAUUUGCCGGAGUCUAGCGACAAGAAUGCACUUCAAAAUAAACGCCAAAGGGCUGAUGAGUUGGUGGCAUGCAUUGAAAUUAUACAGACCCUAGGACUGAUGUUCAGAGAAACAGAAACCGAGUCAUCACGCCUGAACACAUUGGCAGCUAAGAAGGGGACACUAUUUAACCUCUUGGUAAUUUUAAUUAGCAAGCCUCAGAUUCCAAAACCUUGUCCCAUGUUUGAUAUCCAGUUGAUGGCUGAUUCAACUUUAGUUGAAAUGUCUUUUGAUGCUGAGUUACAGAAGCUUCUCCUGGAAUAUACAGACACAGCUACAGCACUCUUGUAUGAGAUACUUCUUGUCUUUCAGCAGGGAAACCUUGGACUGGGAACCACAAAGUUCGCCAUGAGCUGGAUGAUGUCCUUUCUACAAAGUUGUCCUCCCAUAAUUACUUUUGUGGCCAGUGUUGUGAAACGAGUGGUGAAGGGGUUUUCAGCUUCAUUGCAGCUACUCAGUCCCUGCCAAGCAGUUCUGUUGUACCAGCAGUUUUACGUCCUCAAGAGCUGCCUGCAGUACAGCAAGACGCUUGCUGAUUUUAUUAGGAAUGACUACAGGGAAGAAUUCAGGUACUUUAUUCACAUGCCAGCCUUAGAACAAAGGCUUCCGUUGUGUUACCCUAUUGCUCAACCUACCACUCAGCUUUUUCAUGAAGUUCUGAAAUUGGUUGAACAGAAACAAUGUGUAAAAUGUUAACAAGAGUAUGAAAUGUUAAUUAGGAAUCAAUAUUUAUGAGAAACAGUUUUUGAUUACAUACUAUCUGCUCUCCCUGAGUCCUAUAAACAAAGAUUUCAUCUGAAUGUCCCAUCAAUACCUUUCUAAGAGAAGUGUUUGAAGUUUUUUAUCUGCAACAGAAACAAAAAAUAACCCAAACCUGUUUAAUUCCAUUCUGACAUGUGUGAAAUGGUGCUAAAAACUAGUGUUUCUCCAGAAAAAAAGAAAAUCUCUAAAGACAUUUUUUUUUUAAAGAAGAUAAAUCAUAAAGGGAACAGAAGCUUGUGGAAAGCCAAUGCAGAAAAAGUAAUCUAAUGAGUUUCAUUGGUGUGAUAAUGGUGAGUGACACGACACCACUGGGACAAAGAUAAAUGGUCGUAGAGUAUAAACUACAGUGAUCAUCAGAGAAACGAGCAAAAGAUGACCCCUUCCUCCACCUGUAAAAACUAUGGUGACAAAAGCAUUCAUGGAAGACUGAGCAGAACACAGGCAUAGCUGAACAGCAUGUUGUUCCCUGACUUUCAGAGGGAAAGAAACUUGGACUGUCUUUAACAAAUGAGACCUAUUCCGCCACUUUGUUUCAGGCACCUGUGGGCCAAUCAGAAUGAUCUUCCUGAGUCUCUCUGAUGGACACAUUGUCCACAUAUGAUUAUGACUCUUCCAUACCAUUAAAAAAGUCUCCACUAUAUUUUAUGGCUAUAGCCUAAUUUGAUCAAAUGAAAAGUUUGUUAUCACUGUGAGCUAAUGCAUUUGGAUUUCUAACAUUCUAGGAAUCAGGCUCUCCAUUCAACUUACUUGAAGGAGGAUCAGAGAAAAACCCACCUUCUAAGGAAAGGCUGACAAGCCAGAUGUUGUAGAGCAGAGAGAGAAUGAGAUUCACUUAGGAGGUUGUAUUUCUGAUUCUGACUGAGCCAGGUAAUGAGUUAUUUGACUUCAAGUAAGUCAGGUUCCCCCUUCCAGGCCUCAUCUGCUUCUUCCUAGACAUUUUCUAGUUUGUGGAAGAAUGGGACCAGAUGUUCUACAAAUUCACUCCCAGCUCUAGCAUUCUCUGCACUUUUACACUCUGAAAUGGGGCAGUGUAUUUCUUUGUUAUUGUCUCAGUAUAUGAUUUCAUACUGCCUCCAAAUAAUCCACUUUUUUUUGGCAACAAAAGUUUCCCUUUGAUCUGCCACAGUAUCGCUUGACAAAGUUUCCAAGCCUUCUCUAUCAUCACCCACGAGGAAUCCAAGUCUUCUACUCUCUAUUUUGGGGGUAGAAAGAGGAGCAAAAUUAGUCUGCUGGCCUGUUAAUUAAGGAAUUAUUUACAAGAGUGGUCCAUGAAGGAAUACGAAGAGAUUCUUUGGACACAGGCAAACAUCACUUCAAACUAAACAAAUGAUGUAGGGUGGAUGGUGGAACCCACAGAAGAACAACAGGAUCAACUCAGCUUUGCUGAAGCUUCUAAGCAGUGCCCCUGCUCUGGGCUGGUAGCAGUGCAGGCUAUGGCAAAUCUGGACUUUCUCUGCCAUGGGAUUUCUUGCCUACGUGGCCUUCCUCUCCCACUCCUCAGUUUCCUGGGACCAUGCUUUAUUUAAUGUCUAGGGGCAAAGGCUCUCUCAGAAUGUACCUGGAUAUUUCCAUGCAGGGCUAAAGUCAGCGCUUAGUUUAGUGCUAAUGGUUGAAUACUGUCACCCUGAUAUUCAGUUUACUUGGUAUGACUUAUGUACAUUCAUUGGCAUAGACUUGGGGAGGGGGAACCCCAAAUUAAUACAUACUUGGAAAGAUCAU